GAAAUUUUUUGUCCCUGCUUUAUAUUUUCAAGAUGUCAAAGGGUUAAUAAAACCACGUGGCUGGAGUGAGACAACAGCUAGAAGCUACCCAGCUAGUUAACUAUAAAUACAAUGUCUUCGGAAGAUCAAGCAGCUGAAGGGACCUCUGUGUCUGCUGAAGCAUCCAAGCCUUUUGUUUUCAGUUCCAAACUUUCACUGGAAGAUGUGCGAUCCAUCCAAGCAAAGUUUGCUGCUGAGAGGAACUGGGAGCAAUACCACACUCCGAGGAACUUGCUUCUAGCUAUGGUGGGGGAAGUUGGAGAGCUCUCGGAGCUAUUUCAGUGGAGAGGAGAAGUGGGAGAAGGACUACCAAAAUGGCUAGAUAGUGACAAGGAGCAUUUGGGACAAGAGCUGAGUGAUGUUCUCAUCUACCUGAUCAGACUGGCCGAACGUUGCCAUAUUGAUCUACCCUCAGCUGUCUUGAAGAAAUUUGAACUAAAUGCACAGAAAUAUCCUGUUGACAAAGCAUAUGGAAGAAGUCUUAAGUACUCAGAAUAUCGAACAGACUCAAAGCAAACAAGUAAAGAAGACUGAUCGAAGUGUUAUCCAAGUCACAUGACUUAGCAUGAACAAACUUAUUCUCUUUUCAUGAUAGUACCAUUUUAUUUCAAAUACAAGGCCUCAUGCAUAAAAUUAUAAUAAUAAUUAUAACGUGAAAUUUG